AUGUUAUAUAGCACGGAACGACAACUCACCGAAGAUGAAAGAAAAGCCCGUAAGAAGGCUGAUCGAGAACGUAAACGUCAAGAAGCUCGUGAUGCAGCUGAAAAGAAGAAACGCUUCGGUUUAACACCUGAAAAGAAGCGUAAACUUCGGCUUUUAAUUAUGAAAAUGGCCACAGAAAAUCUUAAAGGUGAACAACAACGUCGUUUAGAAGCACGUAAAAAUUAUAUUGAACAAUGUUUGAAACCACUUGAUAAUGUUAGCUCAAUGAGUGAUGCUCAACUUAAAUCACUUUGUCAAGAUCUUCACAAUCAGUUGAAAACAAAUGAAGAAAGUCAUUAUGAUCUUGAAGUUAAAAUUCGUAAACAAGAUUAUGAUAUCAAUGAAUUAACAAUUAAAAUCAAUGAUAUUAAAGGUAAAUUUGUUAAACCAUCACUUAAAAAAGUCUCAAAAACUGAACAAAAGUUGAACAAGAUAAAAAAACCAAAAGAAGACGAACCUAAUUUUAUUAAUAUGGCCAACUUAAAACAAUCGACAAAUAAAUUUGCACUUAAAGAAGAACAAAAAGAAGAAGACAAAAUAAAUUAUCGUGAUCAAGUUCAACUUAAAUCAGCCAAAGAACACAAGGAAGAAGAAGCAUAA